AUGGAGCUAAAAGAUACAUUGGAUUUGAAUAACACAGAAAAUUCUGGUGUAAAUGUUGAUGCAACAAAUGAUGGACAUUUAGACGGGAUUAAUUUGAAAUCGGAUGAUAUAAUCGCUCAUGAUGAUUGUGAUGGUCUCCAUAAGGAGAACUUUGAUGAUCCAAUAGAAACAAAAAGGACCAUAAAAUUUUCAGAGAAACAAUCUUUUCAUUCAGUUGAUAACUCUGUAGAUGAGUUCGCGAAUAAUAAUUUUGAAUCCAAAGAGAUAAAACGCAAUGUUACAAACAACAAUCCUUCACUGUCUUUAGACCUUUAUACUAGCUCUAUUGCUGAGCUACAUCAUACACCAAGCAUUAUUCAAUCGGAAUUUAUGGAAGAGAACCCUGCUGGUGUAACAAAGUUGAAGGAGCUAAUGUUAUAUAAGACAAUACAAUUUAUGGAUUACCGUCGUUUGCGUCGCAGGUUUAAUGGAAUAAGAAGACCAGUUUCUAAUAAGAAGGCACUCUUUAUUUGUUUAUUUUGUAUAGCAUUGGCGCUAGUCCCUUUCAUUUAUUUCCGUGUGGAAUCAGAUCACUAUGUAGCGGGAGUUCAAAUUCAGCGUGGAGUCAUACCAUAUAUCGCUUCUCUGAGUUUCGUUUUAGGUGCUUUUCUCUUGGCAAAGAUACAAUUAAGUUUGCCGCUCAAAUUUCCUGUUAUUUUGUCCUACCUAUUUAUGUUCGCUGCUUUGAUUGUUUUGGUAGUUUUGAGGAAUAUUAUUAGUGUACAGAGAUUUAUAUGGCCAAUUUUGAUCUGUUAUACUAUUGCACAGAUCAUCGUUAUAUUAAUUACACGGAUAGUUAUAUAUCUUGUGCCGUUGUUGGCACUAAAUGGAUUGUUUUUCCCAUGUACUGAGCAUUUUCAUUUAUUACAAAGGUUUCAACAGGGUAGGCGGUUGAACAUAACGAUUAGUCGCUAUAAUGAUUAUACAAUAAUCUGUGGAUUGAACGUGUGCGGAUUAGGCCUCUGUCUAUAUAGGUGUGCCUACCGUUGGAUAAGAUGGUGUUACAGAAAGUAUAAAAAUCGUUCCAUAGCUGGUGCACAUCAAGCAGGUUUGUUUUGUAUGAUUAUAUCAUAUACAUUUGUAGACGGCGCUCUAUUUAGUCAUCAAAUGCGCUACAAUGGUGAGGUUGAUGAGAAUUCCAUCCCUCAUGGUUAUGGAGAGUGGUUAGAAGAUCAUACAUAUGGUGAGCGUUUGCAAGGGUAUUGGUGGCACGGAUAUCCUAUUGGACCUUUUACUUCACAGGAAAUCGGAUCAGGCUCACUUUUUGUUAAUACACGAGUUGCUUUUGUUACAGAUACACAUUUGCCUUAUGACAAAAUCCGUUUUGGUGUUUCAUCAACUGAAUGUUCUAUUUCAGGACAUUUUUUCAAGGAAAUGCCAAAAACAUAUUUUUUUAAUCCUCUUUAUCACCAAGGUAGUAGUCAUCCAAAUAGACUGUAUUCUAAAAUAAAUCUUUUUAAUGUAUUAAGAGAGAAAUUUGAUGGUAUACCAGGAUCUUCACCGCAAUGGUGUAUAAGAAUGUUGAAACCUCAAUUUUAUCUGAACAUGCCUAAUAGACAAGGAAUUAUGAAUAUUUAUGUGGAUAAACUUACAAACUCAUUGAAAAUCGAUGGAUUUCGUAGAAUAAAUCAUGGUAUGAAGCGUGGACGUUGUGAUGAGAUAACAAUACGUUUAUCCGGUCGUAGUUGCAAAAAUCGUCUAUUAAAACCACGUAGUAAUUCUGGGUAUAGUUACAGGACCAAUUCAGGAUCAUUUAAACCUUUAAGGAUAGCAAGGUUAUAUCGCAAAUCUAAAGUUAAAGGUGUUGAAAGUGGAGAUUUGUCAAAGGAAUAUAAAUUACUUCACUAUCGUUCAGAAAUUAGCAAUUCAUCAGAUCAGUAUCUUGGCGUAAGAAGUGAGAUUUCUAAUUUGUUUCGUGAUGAAGAUGAUUGGGAGAACAAACAGCAUCUAGAUCAACCACAAGUAGUUGUUAACGGUUGGAUGCCAAUAAGAUCAUUCGGAAGAUUGGGUUAUAUUCCAGAACAAGCGGUUAUAUAUAUACAUGGUUAUAAUUUAAGGUUAUCUGAAGCAUGUUCACAAAUGGCACAUAUUGUUUCAUUUUCAAAAUUACCUCCUUAUAUAUUACCAAUUGUGUUCAAUUGGGAUGGUCAUCACUGGGGUUGGUUAUCGGCCUUUAGUUACCCUGUUGCUAUGAAGGCUGCCGAGAAUCCAAAUCUUGAGGAUGCAUUUCAUGAGUUAUUACAAGAAUUUGCUUAUCUAGGUAUUAAACACAUACACCUCCUGGUACAUUCAUGUGGUGCGAGAAUAUUUUUCAAGGUUAUUAAUAGUAGUAUUUCAAAAGGGUUAAUAACACCUGUAGUUGAUGAGCAGCAUUUGGUGCAUGUUGGAAAGGGUGGGAAUAAUAUACGUAUGAGAAUGGAUACUUGUAUCCUCAUAAAUCCAGAUUACCCUUUAGAACGUUUUGUAGAUCAUGACUACUUCGUACUACGCGGGUAUUGUGACCAUAUUGUCUUGUAUGUUGAUACUAGGGAUCAGUGUUUAACAUUUUCUGAGUGGUAUCAUCGUGAACGUUCGUUAGGAAGAUCUAUAUUUGGUAUGUGUACAAGUCCUCACAAGUUGGCAUCCAUUCGUAAGUCCGAUGAUAUCAAGGUUGAUAAAAAUGAACCGUUCACUAUUUAUAGUGGUGAAGGGUAUACUAUACCGCCAGGGAAUCUAAAGUACAUCAGCAAUAAAAGUCUUAGCCUCGAUCAUCCGCCUAUGUAUGAUUGUCAAAAUGAUAAAUCCGUAAAAAUUUUGGGGAAACCGGAGGAACAAUUUGAAGAAUCUACUACAACUUGCCAACCCAAAUAUAGUAGUAAAAUGUUUGGUACUCAGAAUAUCUUUUGGAUUGGCAGAAUGAGUAAUGCAAAUCGUGGUAUAAAGGUUAAUGAUUCAUUUACGGAACGGUCUCUAUGGUUGGAUAUCGAUGUCAUAGAUACAACUAUGAUUGAUACAAAUGUAGACUUCCUCAAACAUUCCUUCUAUCAGAUGAAACGUGAGAUUAUGGAUGAUAUAAGAGAGGUUAUACUUAUGCACACAAGAGCUGAAUAUCGACAAACACGACUCGAUCGUCGCAGAGGAAACGUAUAUGUAUUUAGAGUUGCUCCUGCAAACGUAAAUAAUUUGUUUGGAAGAUAA